UGUGAACCUUUCCUUCCUGUUUCUGCAAUACAGGCAGCAAAACCCCCGCAUAGUGGGCUGCAGCAGACAUCUAUCAGGCCUCAAUAAUGGCUGUGUUCUUAGUCUUAGCGUUACAAAUUCGCUUAGCUCUUAGCUCCAGUCGCGCCAGAUGCGUGAUUGUAUUCAUUUAGCAUCCAUUAUUUUAGACAUUUUAUUUAUUGUCUCUGCACAGCAUCAGGAACACGCGCUGUUCUCCGGCAAUUGUUCCCACCGUAUUCUCAUGGCGGAGACUAAAAUCAUUUACCAUAUAGACGAGGAGGAAACUCCUUAUCUGGUGAAACUGUCAGUAGCUCCAGAGAAGGUAACUUUGGCAGAUUUCAAAAAUGUCCUCAGCAACCGACCGGUCAACAGCUACAAAUUCUUCUUUAAAUCUAUGGAUCAAGAUUUUGGGGUUGUCAAAGAAGAAGUCUCCGACGAUAAUGCCAAACUGCCUUGUUUCAACGGGAGAGUGGUGUCAUGGCUUGUAUUGGCCGAGAGCUCCCACACAGAUGGGAUGUCGGUGUGCACUGACAGUCAUACAGAGCUGCCUCCACCACUGGAGAGGACGGGAGGCAUCGGAGACUCUAGACCCCCCUCAUUCCAUGCUAAUGCCGUGAACAGCCGAGACGGGAUGGACACAGAAACUGGAAGCGAGUCUGUUCUCCGUCACCGUCGAGAGAGGGAACGAGAAAGGACCAGACGGAGGAGAGAUGAAUUCCCACGUGUGAACGGUCACUCUAAAGCCGAGCGGGUGGUGAGGGACAAGGCCAUGGCCUGUGACAGCGGCUCUAUGAUGAGCAGUGAGCUGGAGUCAAGCUCCUUCAUCGAUAGCGAGGAGGAUGAGAAUGCUAGCAGGCUGAGCAGUUCCACAGAGCAGAGCUCUUCUUUUCAGUUAAUGAAGAGACAUAAGCGCAGGCGCCGGCGACACAAAGUGGCAAAAAUCGACAGGUCAUCUUCCUUCAGCAGUAUCACAGAUUCAACCAUGAGCCUCAACAUCAUCACAGUUACUCUUAAUAUGGGUAAGAUCAGCUGCCCUUGUACAUGUACACACACAGUACAUCACAAAUUCAUCCCUUCUGUGUUCUCUUUCAUUUGCACAGAGAAAUAUAACUUUCUCGGCAUCAGUAUAGUGGGCCAAAGUAACGAUAGAGGAGAUGGUGGCAUCUACAUCGGCUCUAUAAUGAAGGGAGGAGCGGUGGCAGCAGAUGGCAGGAUAGAGCCAGGCGACAUGCUGCUGCAGGUAAAUGACGUGAACUUCGAAAACAUGAGCAAUGAUGAUGCAGUCAGGAUCCUCAGAGAGAUUGUCUCAAAGAAUGGGCCCAUCAGUCUCACUGUUGCCAAAUGCUGGGACCCUUCCCCUCGCAGUUACUUCACGAUACCCAGAGCCGAACCAGUUCGACCUAUUGACCCGGCAGCAUGGAUUUCCCACACUACUGCACUUACAGGAUCUUACCCACAAAACGAGUUUGACGAUCUCCCUCUUACAGUGGGAAAGACGGACAUGGCCACUAUUGUAAAGGUGAUGCAGCUCCCAGACUCAGGACUAGAAAUAAGGGACAGAAUGUGGCUGAAGAUUACUAUAGCUAAUGCUGUUAUAGGAGGUGAUGUAGUAGACUGGCUCUACUCACGGGUCGAGGGAUUCAAAGACCGACGGGAUGCCAGAAAAUACGCCAGCAGUCUGCUCAAACAUGGCUAUCUCAGACACACUGUCAACAAGAUCACCUUCUCUGAACAGUGCUACUACACAUUUGGAGAUCUCUGCCAAAAUAUGGCUACACUAAACUUGAAUGAGGGAUCGAGUGGUGCUGGUUCAGAGCAGGACACAUUGGCCCCUCUCCCCCCUCCGUCCACUAACCCGUGGCCCAUGGGCGGCCAGCCCUUUCCCUACCCACCCUUCUCCACACCACCCUCUGGUUUCCCCCCAGGAUAUUCGGACCCCUGCCACAGUUUCCACAGUGGCAGCGCAGGAAGUCAUCACAGUGAGGGAAGUCGAAGCAGUAGUUCCAACCCUAGCGCUGGGAGGAGCCAGCGACCUGUUCUGAGGGACAAGGACCGUAAAUCAGCAGGCAGCGGUGGCAGCGAAUCGCAUUCAGGCAAGCAAGCAGGUGGGAGGCGGGUUGAACGUUCAGCCAGCCAGCUGAGCCACUGGAGUCAUGCUCUCUCAUCUCGCAGCUACACUCAUUCCCGUGUCCCGUCCCAGCACAGCCGCACGUCCUUCUCCUACAGUCACGCUCCCUUUUCCAAGUACGGCCACACCUCUUGUGCACUCAGCGAACGGAGCCACGCUUCCUCUUACGGACCCCCAGGCCUGCCUCCUCCCUACAGCCUGGCCAGAUUGACCCCUAAGGGGGCUAUCAGCAGUGGGCCCCCAGGGGCCCCUCCAGUGAGGGAAAUAGGGGCCAUACUACCUGAACUCACCGCCAGUCGCCAGUCAUUCCAGCAUGCCAUGGGCAACCCUUGUGAGUUUUUUGUGGAUAUAAUGUAAUUAGAUGAAUAAAUAAUAAAUAACAGUAGAGAAAUCUCACAGGACGAGAGCCAUGAAUACAUAAUCAACUUUUACCAACAGCACAUGUGGCCUUGCUGUAGUUGCAAGUUUCUGUGGAAGGUUGAGGAACAAAUGUGUUUAGAUUAAUUGUGUGUUUAGCAGAGGGCAAAUAGCCUUACUCACUACUGUUCAAAAGUUUGGCAGUCGGUAAGAUUUUAAUAUUUUUGAAAAACAUCUCUGCAUUUAUUUGAUCAAAAAUACAGUAAAAACUGUAAUAUUGUGAAAUAGUUUUACAAAUUUAAAUAACAGUUUUUUUAUUAUAUAUUUUCAAAUAUAAUUUAUUUCUGUGAUGGCAAAAUGAAUUUUUAGCCAUCAUUUCUUCUUAUGAAUGUUGAAAACACUUGUGGAAAAUGUGGUACGUUUUCUUUUUCUUUUUCAGGAUUCUUUGAUGAAUAUAAAAUUACAUAAACACCAUUCAUUCGGAAUAUAAAUCUUUUGUAACAUUUUAAAUGUUUUUACGGUCUCUUCAAAAAUAAAAAAAUAAAAAUAAAUAAAUAAAUAAUAUAUACUGACCCAAACGUUUAAACAGCAGUGUACUUCCAAAAGUAUAGCAACAAAAAAAGAGCAUAUCAACUAUUUUAUUGCUUAUUUCUGUCACCAUUAAAGCUGCAGUAGGUAACUUUUGUAAAAAUAUAUUUUUUACAUAUUUGUUAAACCUGUCAUUAUGUCCUGACAGUAGAAUAUGAGACAGAUAAUCUGUGAAAAAAUCAAGCUCCUCUGGCUCCUCCCAGUGGUCCUAUUGCCAUUUGCAGAAACUCCAUCGCUCCUGGUAAAAAAUAACCAAUCAGAGCUGCGGUCCGUAACUUUGUUUGUGUUCAAAAUGUAGAAAAAUGUAUAUGAUAAGCGAGUACACCAUGAAUCCGUUUUCCAAACCGUGUUUUUAGCUUGCCCUGAAUCACUAGGGUGCACCUAUAAUAAGUGUUUAUAUUCGGACUAUUUCAGAUUGCUUCGGGGGUACCGCAGCGGGGGAACCCAGUACCUUUGUGAUUCUUCAUAAACAUAAACAGAGAGAAGUAGUUCCGGCUACGAUGUUCUACCGCAAGACGCAAGCAGUUCUGUUUAUUAACCACUAGAGCGUCAAAAGUUCCCUACCGCAGCUUUAACAAAACAAAACAUAUACACGUGUGCAAACAAGGUUAAUAUUAUAAAUUGGGGUCAGCACAGCUUUUUAGACCAGUAUUAACCAUUUAUCAAUAAAAUAGCAAGCACACCAGCAACCACAUUUUUAAUUGAUUUUAAUUUUAAUUUUUGAUUAGCAAAUGGUAAAGACAAUCAGACAAUGCCCUCUGCUGGUCAGGAGCUGUUAGUCCUUUCCCAAGCUGUCAGUGAACAGACUAGACUACUGAUCACAUUUAUGAUCCAGCAACAUUCAGAAGUAUUUUCAUUUUGUGUUCGUUUCUGUUAAAAUGCUAUUCAAAACAAUCUUUAUAUUGUUGUUUCAUGGUGCACAUGAUUACUGCUUAAAGCUCUUGUGCACUAUAAGCUGUCUGCGCAGGUGAUGGAUAUAAAUGGAAUAAAAAAAAAUUUGACACGUUUCCAUUUAUUACCAGGUUGGAAAUAAGGUAGCAUGUCACUGUUAUGACUCUUGGCUCUAAAGCACUAGCUACAAUAAUGUAUUUUCAGGAAAGAAAAAAGCUGCUGGAUAUCAGGGUAAACUCAAAAACCAGCACUUAAACGGUGUGCACAAAAUAAAUUGGCACUUGCUGAACAUCUGAAAUUAGUUGUAUUUUCUUGAAUAUUGUCUGUAAGUCCUUUUUUUUUUUUUUUGCCCCUGGAAUAAUGAGUCAGUUGUAUGAUGUGGUAUCUGGUGCUGGUUACCCGUUCAUCUCUAAGAGAAAACAUUUGCUCAAAAGCUUGUUUAAAGUAACUAACUGAAGGGGACUAGUUAGCAUAUGGAGUGUUAACUACUGUAUGUGUAGUAUUUAACCAUUUGAAGGCUAACAAACUGGCACUUUUACAAGGUCUGAUCUGCCCUUUUAUUGUACAUCUUUAGAUGUGUUGUCUAUUUUUCUCUCUUAGGAAGACUGGGGUGUAAUGCUGUACAUAGUUCAUUUUUAUUGUAUAUAUGAAAAUAGAUAAUUGUAAAAAGUUUAUGUACAGAGCUUCUGGUCAUGCCUUUUUGUAGUUAUGAUGUAAAUUGGACUUGUCUGUUUGUGAGUUUAAAGCAGUUUUCUAAAUCUCAUUCUGCUUUGUGUUGUAUUUGUCUAACCAUUUGUCAGUGAAACUAUCUGAAAUAAAUUAUUCAUCUAAA